AUGAAUUCUGGUAAACUAUUCCAACUCUUCAUCGCUUUCCUUGCUAUUCUUCUGUUGGCUGAAGCAAUUCCAAUGGUCUCGCCACGCGACGAGGAUGACCAGAUUAUUCAGAAGAGACUCUCAAAUGAUGCAUUGAUCCGUCUACUUAUGAGAAAUCGUGGUGCGCAGACCCAAUUGGGACUGAAACGUGGUCUUGUUAAGAAGUCCGACUUGGAACGUCGUAGCAUCGACGACGACUUCUCCAACUGUUUCCUCUCGCCUGUCCAGUGCAUGUUGCCCUCAUCCAGGAAGUAA